CACAUGCAAUAAAAAUUCGAAUUUCAGUUUUUUUCUCUCUCCGAAACGUACUAAAAAAGUUUUCUUCCACCAAAAAGGAAAAAGCGUAACGCGCCGCUAGCAAAUAAUUUUCGUAGACCGUUAAACACUGCGCUAGUUACAAUAAUAAAAGUGCGUAAAAUUUGCGUUCGUCAACAACAUCUUGCAGCACAAUAGUUGUGACCCACACCUUAUCAACCCCACCAUCACCAUCUACCUCUACCACCUAACCAGCGGAAUUGCAGGGUUUUCUUAUAGUGCCAGUAAAACCUUUGAAGACGAUAAAAGCUUGAAGAAAAUGAAUUCGGAAAACGUUGCGGAACUGAAGAAGCCCGUUAAGGAUCAGGUGGAGGAGAAGCCGAAGCCUGCACAACCGGAAACACCGAAAACCCCAUCCUUGCCGGUGAGCAGCUUAAUUGGCUUCAACACCGAGGACUUUCUGGCGCGUGUCAAUAUGAAUGAGAAGAUUAAUAACAUUUUACGCUCGCCCACAAAGACACCGAACGGUGUGCGCCAACGCUCCGUUUUCACGGCCAUAACGCCGUCAUCGUCGCGCUUCAAUGCCAGCGCUGCUCCUUUUGUUUCGCAGCAACAACGUUCGUCGGUCACUGCCGCCAACACUGGCACAGCAGCUGGUGCCGUUAUGACGCCCAAGGAGACUUCCACGCCGUCGGCCGCAUUGCAGGCUCGUCAAAUGCCCAUACCGGUGCACAUGAGUGCAGCCUCUCCGCAUCAUUAUGGUGGCUAUGAGACGCCACUAACCGGACGUAGCGGUGGCAUGACAAGGGGUGUUUUUAAUACUCGUUAUCCGGUAGCACCGCCGCCAUCGCCAAUCUAUGGGUUUGAAAAUGAAAUGUGCCGCAUGCCGCCUACCAUGUCACCCUCUCAUCACGCACAACAGUUUCCACAACCCAUGCCGCCACCACCCUACGCAGUCGGACGUUUGAGCGGCAGUCACCGUGGUGUUGAGUACGAAAAUCCAACUCCGCCACCUUGCCCCGGUGCCGGCCCCAUUGCCAUGACUAAUGGCACCAUACAACUGCGUCUGCGCGAUGGCAUACGCAUUGACAUGACGCUGGACAAGGCGGUGCGCGUUCUCAAUCAGCGCAGCAUGGUGGCCAUUGCUCUGUCGCGCAAUUGCAGCAACUCAGCGUUGAUUCAUCCAAACGGACGUAUAUUGCAGAGCGGUUCCAAAGUGGAGAUAGUCACCUAUGAUGGCAUGAAAACCAACAACUAUGUUCGCUAUGCUAAAAUGUGGUAUAAAGGCGUCAGCUUCACUAGCGAAUCUUGUGCUUUGAUCUAUCUUGUGGACACGGCUGGCACGCGCACCACCACCGAUACCUUCACUGAUCUCACGAAGGACUACACUUUGACUGUGUUUUAUGAUGACUCCCGCCAUGGUCCGUCCUAUGUGCAGGAUGCUAAUGAAGUAAUACAAAAUUCCACAUAUUCUUGCACAGAUGAGGGCACUGAAAUCUAUGAAAUUAAUGGUUUCCGCAUCACGCAGGCCGCAGAUGGACUCGUAAAACUGACACGCACUCAUAACAAGUGUUUGAUACGCACCAGUCCAGGCAAUGGUUCGGCCACUUUGACUACGCCGGGUAUACACUGUACAGCCUCGUUGGGCAAAACUUCACAUUUGUUUGUUCGUCGUAAUGAAAAACGUAUGCACUUCGAUGGAUCGUGCUUCAUCGUACGCAAUGCUGGACAUUCGGCCGGCUUCAACGAAAACAACUUAUUGAUCGUUUAUUAAAGCUACGCAUGAAAACUGCGAAAAAAACACUUUUGCCAAAAGAAAAAACUAAAAAAAUAACAAAAAAAACUAAAACGAAAAAUAAAGAAUGACGAAUAAUCAGCGAAAUUAAAACACGAAGGCGAUUGCAUGAUGACAUAACAAAUCAUAAACAACAAGCACUUUUAGAUGCAAAAAAAAGCGGAGCGUAUAAGAGGAAAUUAAGAUUACGUAAAGAGAAUUAUGUGUAACAGAAAAGGAAGAGAAGAAAGAAAUUCAAUUAACAAAACAAAAAGGAAAUAGUAGUAAAGUGCAGCGCAUAGAAAAUUAUAGAAAGUUGUUAUGAGAAAAGUUUUUAAGAAAAUUCAAGAAAAAAGCGCACAUAAGCAGUUAACAAAAUACCGUUAUAUGAUAGACGCUUUGCUAAUAGAAUAUAGUUACAAAAUACAAAAAUACCGUUAGAAAUAGUUUUCACGCUUAACAAAGUCUCAAAUUUUAGUUAGUUUUUUUCAAUUUCUCUUUUCAUAACAUUUACGCAAAUCAGCGUGUGUCUCGGCUGAGUUUGAGUGUGAAGAAAAAAAACGAAAAAACACGAAGCAACAAUUAACGGCAGCAUAAAAUUUCGAAUAAACAGAAUAUUGUCUAGUUUUUUAUUAAGUUAGCCGAGUUUUCUACCAACUUAGCAGAGUUUUUUAUACCAACUUAGCCGAGUUUUUUACCAACUUAGCCGAGGUUUUUACCAACUUAGCCGAGUAUAAUGAAAUUUUCAACUCUUUAGCACCCUUAACUUGCUAGUACUGCCCAUAUGCUUACGCAAAUAGCUCACUAAAUAUUUUUAUUUAAUUUGUUCCCGCAAUCUAGCUAUAAUUUAGUCACUAUAACAUUUUUAAAAAAAUAAUUGUUUCCAGCUCUCCACGAGGGUCACCCUCAUAUUAACUCAGUUUUUUUAAAAGCUUAACCAAAUUUUAGUUUCGAAAGUGUGUUUCCAAAUUUACCGUUACGAUUUUUAGUAGAAUAGUGCAAGCAAUAAUCGCAUGAUAACAGCAAAAAAAAGUUUUCAA